AUGACAGUUUCGUCUGCAAUCCGGCAGCUCCUUUUUAGAGACAAUUCCAGAGACAAUUCGUGAUCGUUCGUCGAUUUGUUCGCGUGUUAGAUACGGGUCGUCCGCAGGAUAGUGCGAAAUUCUUGGUGCGAAAUUCUCGGCUCCGUGAUCACGACACCGCGACUUCAUAUCAUUAAACGGCAACGACGAUAGAAAACGGUGGCACGCUCGUCAUUUGAUCAUCAAAGAAUCCAAUGUCGCGCGUUGUCAUGAACGUGACAAUAGCAUUCGAGCUAUAGACCCGUCGAGGUCUUUUUCUCCCUCUCUCUUCCUCUCUGGCUAUUUCUCAGUGGUCUCAGUCUCUCUUUCGAUUGCUUUCGGUUCCUUUCAUGGCAAAUGGUUCUUCGUGAUCGCGGACCAUCGGCGGACUCACGAAUCCUCUUUGUGCGUUGUCGCUCACAACAACGCGGUGUUUGUACACGCGAUGGACGAGGAUAAACACCUGCACGCGACGCGACCUCGUUAAAGACUUUGACGGUAAUAAUUCGCAAAUACAACGGAGAUCUCCAAAGAAUUCACCGCGAUCCCCGCGCGUCCACUGACGUGCUGGAAAAUUGCCGCCUCCUCGACAAAAAUCGUGUUGAACGCAAAUAUAACGCAGAUUUGACGACGAAGGUGGACAAGCAGCAACGUAACGUUAACGUCCUUGCGGAGGCGCGUCUGCAUUUAGGUGCGUGGCCUCGUGACCUGCAAUUUUCGCGCCGAAGCUGAAGCUUGACAGUGCGAAAACAUCACUCUUGCAAGUGUAUGUGCAUGUGCGGACAGAACAUUAAUUGGAUCAACGCAGCACGAUUUCCUUGGGAGCUUCUUGCAGUCGAUGCUACGUCCAUAGGAACGAUCCGAUAGUUUACUCUGCUCGAGAAAGAGGAUAAAAGAAACGUCAGUACAGAAGACUCUAGAAGCGCGCUAAUUGAAACAAUGGAUUCGGAAGAGGAAACGCUUUAUGAUGAUGUUGACUCCGGCAAUGAGUCCAGCGGCGAUGACGUUGAUUUUGCUAUGGAAAUAGAGUCUGGUAAUCCACGGGAACGAGCUACCGAUGUCGACGAGUAUCCCUUUGAAGUACUUUCCACAGAAGAAAUUGUACAGCACAUGGUUGACUCCAUAAAGGAAGUCAACACUGUUGUCGAAAUACCAGCUACUACCACACGUAUUUUAUUAAAUCACUUUAAAUGGGAUAAAGAAAAAUUGAUGGAACGGUUUUACGAUGGUGAUCAGGAAAAGUUGUUUGCCGAAGCACGCGUCAUUAAUCCGUUUAGGAAGGGUCCUUUAAUAAGCAGGAGCCGAUCCUCCCAAAGUUCGUUAGUAAAUCCUAAAAGACCGACAAACGGAACGGAGGAAUGUGGCAUCUGCUUCAUGAUCUUGCCAUCCUCAAUGAUGACUGGUCUGGAAUGUGGACAUCGUUUUUGUACCGGUUGUUGGGGUGAAUACUUGACAACUAAGAUCAUGGAAGAAGGAGUUGGACAAACAAUAGCAUGUGCUGCUCACGCGUGUGACAUUUUAGUCGACGAUGCCAGUGUUAUGCGACUUGUCAAAGAUUCCAAAGUUAAAUUAAAAUAUCAACAUUUAAUCACCAAUAGCUUUGUCGAAUGCAAUAGGUUACUAAGAUGGUGUCCUUCUCCCGAUUGCAAUAAUGCCAUUAAGGUGCAGUAUGUAGAAGCGAGACCAGUUACUUGCAAAUGUGGACAUAUCUUCUGUUUCCACUGUGGCGAAAACUGGCAUGAUCCUGUAAAGUGUCAUUUACUCCGCAAGUGGAUCAAAAAGUGCGAUGAUGAUUCUGAAACAUCAAAUUGGAUCGCUGCUAACACAAAGGAGUGCCCCAAGUGUAAUGUUACUAUCGAAAAAGAUGGCGGAUGUAAUCAUAUGGUUUGCAAAAAUCAAAAUUGUAAAACUGAAUUUUGUUGGGUAUGUCUUGGACCUUGGGAACCGCAUGGUUCUAGCUGGUAUAAUUGCAACCGUUACGAUGAAGAGGAAGCUAAAGUAGCCAGGGAUGCGCAAGAAAAAUCCAGAUCAGCUUUACAGAGAUAUUUAUUUUAUUGCAAUAGAUAUAUGAAUCAUAUGCAAUCACUAAAGUUUGAAAGUAAAUUGUACGCUAGUGUAAAAGAGAAGAUGGAAGAAAUGCAGCAACAUAACAUGUCAUGGAUUGAGGUACAAUUUUUAAAAAAGGCAGUUGAUAUUUUGUGUUCCUGUAGACAGACUCUUAUGUACACUUAUGUUUUCGCAUAUUAUGUGAAAAAGAACAAUCAAUCUGUGAUUUUUGAAGAUAACCAAAAAGAUCUGGAGAGUGCCACAGAGUGCCUCUCUGAAUAUCUUGAAAGGGAUAUCACGAGCGAAAAUCUUGCAGACAUUAAACAAAAGGUUCAGGAUAAAUAUAGAUACUGCGAUAGCCGAAGAAAAGUGCUUUUAGAACAUGUCCAUGAAGGGUAUGAGAAAGAAUGGUGGGAUUACAAGGAAUAGAGGAUUCUUGCUAGUUUCAUUUUUUUGGGGUGAUACGAGUCCUCUUCCUUCCCACCUCUGCCCCAACUGUGAUAAACCAAGAAAGAGUUAACAAGAGACAAAAAUGGAGCAUGUCACAAAGUGAUGAACGUGUUGUAUGCACUUUAUACAUAAUAUGCUCUGUGGCACAACACCUAUAAUGUCGUUUAUGAUUAAUAUUGAACUCAAAUUAUUAAAAUUCAAUCCGAUCACAAACAAGUUGAUUGGACAAUAUUUUGAUUUGCGCUUGCUGUGUAUUGUACAUCAUUGUAGAUUCUUGAUUCUUGAUAAAAAUGUCCCAUUGUUUUAGGAAAUCUUAAGAAAAGUUAUAUUCAUUAAGACGAACGUGUGUCAUUAUUCGCAAUAUACUUAGCAUAUUGCGAUGUAAAUGUGACUUCGCUAAAAAUUUACUAUUUUAUUUAGCAUAUUUUACUGAUGUUAGGCGAAUUGAAAGCUUUUGAAUCCUGAAAACUUAUUUUCUUCCUCCUUUAAUAUUUUAAGGAUAACUGUUUAAAAUAAGUUAGGUGCAAUUCAAAUAAAUUAUCCCAACUGUUUUAUUCUAUUUUGGACCACAAUACGU